CUUCUUCAACUUUUAACAAUUAUGGCCACUUCUGAUUCUCAGCGUCGUUCUGUCUUUGUUGGGAAUAUACCUUAUGAUGCUACUGAAGAGCAACUAAUUCAAAUCUGUGAGGAAGUUGGACCAGUUGUUUCCUUCAGAUUGGUUGUUGAUAGAGAAACUGGGAAACCAAAAGGUUAUGGAUUCUGCGAAUACAGAGAUGAAGAGACUUCCUUGAGUGCUCGUCGCAACCUUCAGGGUUACAAGAUAAAUGGACGGAAGCUAAGAGUUGAUUUUGCUGGAAAUGACAAAAAUUCUGACAGAAAUCGUGAACAGGAGCGCGGUGGACCUGGCAUGGUCGCGAAUGCUGAUCCCAAAAUGCACAUUGGGGGACCAGCUGUCCCUGUGGAUUCUGCACUUCAGCAGCCAUUAGGCAUGCAAGUAGCUAUGACUGCUGCAGCCGUUAUGGCAGGAGCUCUUGGAGCUUCUCAGAGUGGAAACUCAUUCAAUACAUCUGGAGUAGAUCCUUUAACAUUACAUAUGUCCAAAUUGUCUAGGAGUCACCUGAAUGAUGUUAUGUCUGAGUUUAAGGCAAUGUGUACACAAAACAAGGAACAGACACGCCAACUGCUGCUAGCAAUUCCAAAUUUGACAAAAGCUCUUUUUCAGGCACAACUAAUACAGGGAAUGGUAACCCAAUCAAUGUUGCAGACACCAAAUAUUCAACAAGCUCAACUGCAGUCAUUGUUGCUAGAUAGUCAACAGCUACCAACUCGGCCUCUUCCUGGGUUACCCCCACUUCCCCCUAGAUUUCUCCCCAAGGCACGGCCUCAGAUUCAAUCGGUGCAACCAGGGCAGAAUCAAGUUUUGCAGAGUCUGUUAACGACACCUUCUGGAAUCCUUCCAGCAAUACAACCCCAGGUACUGGUGUCAAUGAACCCACCAGUUCAGGGAAACCCUUCAGCAGCUUUUGGGAUCUUGGAUAAUACAAAUAAUUCAUCUUUGAUUACCAGACCAGCUUACCCUUCAGGUUUGCCUGAGAAGAAGAGACCGGCGGCUAACAAUCUACAUCUUCCGAGUCCGCUAUCGAAAAUGACAAGGAUUAAUGAUGGAAUAAGUUAUGCCAUGCUUGAUGCACCUCUACCUACGCCCCAGUUAGGACCCUCAAAUCAAGUUUCAGCUCCACUACAAACGUCAAACCCUGAUAACCAAGCUAGUCAGGUGCAGCUUCCCUCAAACGUUGAGUCUGCCUUGCUACAACAAGUACUGAGUCUCACUCCUGAACAGUUAACUUCACUUCCACCAGAUCAGCAGCAGCAGGUCAUUCAGCUCCAACAGAGGCUUCGCUAGCCAAAAUUUAAUACGCAAAGAGGA